AUGGGAGACUGGGGACUUCUUUCCAAAUUACUGGACAAGGUGCAGUCUCACUCCACCAGUAUUGGUAAGGUGUGGAUGACGGUGCUGCUAAUCUUCCGGAUCAUGGUCCUUGGCGCUGGGGUGGAUAAAGUCUGGGGUGAUGAGCAGUCCAACCUGGUUUGCAACAUCAACACUCCCGGCUGCAAGAACGUCUGCUACGAUAAAGCAUUCCCAAUCUCCCACACUCGCUUCUGGGUUCUCCAGAUCAUCUUUGUGUCUCUACCGACACUGAUCUAUCUCGGCUACGUGCUGAACAUUAUUCACAAAGAAGAUAAACUGAGGCAAAGGCGCGGAACCAAACGUCCCAAAUACACGGACGACAACGGGAGGGUUCAGCACAAAGGAAACCUGCUGUGCAUCUACAUAACCUGUAUCAUCAUGACCAUUCUGUUUGAGGCGGCCUUCAUCGUGGGUCAGUACUUUCUCUAUGGGUUUGUAAUGUACCCCUCCAUCAAAUGUACAGGUGAUCCAUGCCCUUCUUAUGGGGUCGAGUGCUUCCAGUCACGUCCAACCGAGAAGACCAUCUUCAUCAUGUUCAUGCUGGUGGUAGCUUGUGUCUCACUGCUUCUGAACGUGGCUGAGAUUUUUUAUCUGAUCGGUCGAGCGUCCGUGUUCAGGAACCGCCGGAGCGCACCGUCUCAUCCAGACAAACACAAUGCAUUAUCCAAAGAGACGUUUUUGUAA